CCCUAAUUAUAUUACUCAGCCGUUGCUUUUCCACAGUCUUUCUUUGUUUUUGCUAUCGAGCAGUCCAUUAAAUGUUUCCAAAUAGCUAUUAAAAUGUGCCGCAUUAUUCUGGUGCUUCUGCUGAUCGUGAUCCUGAUCAUAGGCUAUGUCUGGUGGAAACCCACGGCCGGGGGCACCAAUCCGGAAGUCCUGCCCGUCGUCCUGUGGCACGGAAUGGGCGACACUUGCUGUGCGCCCUUCAGCUUGGGCGGCAUUAUGGACUUGAUCGUGGAGGAGACCAAGGGCGGCUACGUGCGCUCCAUGGAGAUCGGGGGUAAUAUCUUGCUGGACUUCCAGAGCGGCUUCUUCCUCCAUCCCAACGAGCAGGUGGAGUACGUAUGCAAGCAGCUCCUGCAGGACGAGCGCCUGGCCAAGGGGUACAACGCCAUCGGAUUCUCGCAGGGCGGCCAGUUCCUGCGGGCGGUGGCCCAGCGGUGUCCCACUCCGCCGAUGAGGACCCUCGUCACCCUCGGCGGCCAGCACCAGGGCGUCUUCGGGCUGCCCAUGUGCCCCACGCUCUCCGAGAGUACCUGCGACUACAUCAGCAGGCUCCUCAACUCGGCCGUCUACUCAGAUGAGGUGCAACGUAAUUUGGUGCAGGCCACUUACUGGCACGAUCCGCUGAUGGAGAACCAUUACCGCCUGGGCAGUACAUUUCUAGCGGAUAUCAACAAUGAACUAUACCUCAACGAGUUCUACAUAGAGAAUCUCCAUAAACUAAAAAAAUUUGUAAUGGUGAAGUUCCUGAACGACACGAUUGUGCAGCCGAAGGAGUCUCAGUGGUUCCAAUUUUACACCAGCGGACAGGACAAAGUCAUCCAGCCUUUUAAAGAGAGCAAAACCUAUCAGGAUCUGCGCUUGAAGAAAAUGGAAGACGAAGGAAAACUCGUCUUCCUCGGCGUUGAAGGUGAUCACUUGGCCAUAUCCAAGGCUUGGUUUAUCAAAAACAUAGUGCCUCUCCUACUCGAAAAUUAGGAUGGUCUCAAAUAAAAACGAAACAUGUGAUAGAGAAGAAUUUGACAAAGGAGAGCUUCUACCUUCGAUCGGGACAUAAUGUUCCAGACUUUAGCUCAUAAUGUGCCCAUGUUUUGAUAUAAUAUAUACUUUUAUACAUGUUUAAUUAGAUUUUUAAUAAAUUCAGUUGGGACAUAUAAAA